UCAAUCAAGCAGAUAAUACCUAAAUCAAUUUCCCCAUCUCCUCGUACAAACCCUAUUCAGUUGCUGCACCUCAAGCCGAAGCCGCCGUUUUUCGUCUUCGCCGUCGCGUUCCUUCUUCUAUACUGUGAGGCCAUUUCAGUCGACCUGGCUGCUGUAAUUGAACUGAACCCUAAAUAGCUGCAUACCCUUCCCUCUCAUCCAAAUCGCUUUGCCAUUUACUUUUACUUGAGGCCUGAUUUGAAAUGUUGGUUGAGGAGAUGGAUUUUAUGUCAAGUAAUUUGUAAUUCUUCAAGCUUGAUGUUGUGCUGGGGAAAAUGAUUGUUUAGAGAUGUUUGAUUUUCAUACUAAGGAUGUGGUUGAGGAAUUGGGUUAUGAAGUUAUAUCACUGAUGUAAUUGAUCUUGGAUGGACUGAUUGCUGAAAUUAUAAUGUUGUUUACUACUGGGAUUUGGUGUUUUGUUUUGGAGGGAAUGGUAAGGGGUUUGGGUUUGAGCUAAUGGAUGAUUAUGAGUGUGUGGUUGUAAUGUGGACAGGCAGGAGGCAGCGGCUGGUUUGGGAUUGGUGGUGGUUUGGUGUUUGUGCUGAUCAGUGGAGGUAGUUAUUAGUAAGAAUAUUUUUGAACAUGAGUUCUGAUAGCAGGAGCCAGAGCAGGAGCAGGAGCAGGAGCAGGAGCCCGAUGGAUCGUAAGAUCCGCUCUGACCGCUUUUCCUACCGUGGUGCACCUUACAGACGAGAGUCUCGUCGAGGUUUCAGCCAAAGCAAUCUGUGCAAGAACUGCAAACGACCUGGACAUUUUGCUAGAGAGUGCCCUAAUGUGGCAAUAUGCCAUAAUUGUGGCCUUCCUGGGCAUAUUGCUUCAGAAUGCACCACAAAAUCACUCUGUUGGAACUGUCGGGAACCUGGGCACAUGGCCAGCCAUUGUCCAAAUGAGGGCAUCUGUCACACCUGUGGCAAGGCCGGACAUCGUGCUAGGGAGUGUACAGCUCCACCACUGCCACCGGGAGACUUGAGGUUGUGCAACAACUGCUAUAAGCAGGGCCAUAUUGCAGCUGAUUGUACAAAUGACAAGGCAUGUAACAACUGUAGGAAGACAGGUCACUUGGCACGUGACUGUCAAAAUGAUCCUAUUUGUAACCUAUGCAACGUAUCUGGGCAUGUGGCUAGACACUGCCCAAAAGCCAAUGUGGUUGGAGAUCGUCGCGGCAGCAGUUACCAAGACAUCGUGUGCAGGAACUGCCACCAAUAUGGACACAUGAGCAGGGAUUGCAUGGGCCCAUUAAUGAUCUGUCACAACUGUGGGGGACGAGGACAUCGAGCAGUUGAGUGUCCUUCUGGAAGGUUGAUGGAUCGCUAUCCUCGGAGGUUUUACUGAUAUAUGACGAUGAGUUAUGUAGUGGUAGUACGAUGAAUUAUGUGGUGGUAGUAUGUGUUUCAGUUUUACUGAGAUUUGGUUGGAUGUUGAAACUUAAUAGAUUUUUGAGGAGUCAUUUUGUAAGAUCUAUAUGAUAGGCAAGGAUGUGAAGCAAUUUAUAUUGCAACAGGACUUAAUAAUUUGGAUUUGUAGGGGCUGUGUUUGGAAUAAACUACUUAUUAAGUAGGAUGCUUAUAAUGUUGCUAGAUUUGCAUGGCCUAUAUCUUGAUUUCUUCAGCAAAAUUUGGUGUUUUUUUAA